AUGUUGAAGGCGAAGGUGCUGCUGGUGGGGCCGUGUGAGUCUGGAAAAACGGUCUUGGCAAACUUUGUUUCAGAGAGCAUUGAAGGGAUUGGCAGCUAUGUCCCGACGCAAGGUGUAAGGAUCCUGGAAUACGAGAAGCCAAACUUAAAUGGUAGCAGCAAGGGAGCAGCGUGUCGAUUUGAGCUGUGGGACUGCAGCGGUGAUCAGAAGUUUGAAACAUGCUGGCCAGCUCUGAUGAAGGACUCCCAUGGCGUAGUAAUUGUCUUCAAUCCGGAGCUGCCCAGUCACCUAAAAGAAAUUGAAAUGUGGUACUCCUGCUUUGUACAACAGCAGCCACUGCAAGACAGCCAGUGUCUUCUAGUCGCACAUCACAAACCAGGCCAUGCAGGGGACACCGAAAAUCUGACCUUGGCUUCUCCACUGAACACAUUGAAACUAAUACAUUCCAACUUAGAAGAAGAUCCUGAAGAUGUUCGGAUGGAAUUUGUGAAAUACUUUCGAAGCAUUAUCAACUUACUAAAUGAGAGCAGAGACCGGGAAGAAAUGUCAAUUAUCUCAUAAUGUUAAAAAAAAAAACUGAGCAAGGAAGAGAAAGUAUUUUUUGCUUUGUAAGCUGUACUAGCCUGUGAACAGAUCUUCACAAAAAGUUGCCACUCUAUAUAUGCUUCAAAAUAAUAACAUACAAUUUGUGACUUAACCAAAAAAACCAAAUGCUGACACCAGAUGGACUGUGACGCCAAAGACUUGGCUACAUGGCCACAAACUUUAGUAUGUAGUUGCACUGUGGCUUCAUUUGGCAUUGGAGAUGCUGGAAGAUAGACAUAUCAGUCAUUUCUUCACUUCAGAAUUCCUUUCUAGAAGUACUAAGAGAAGAAAGUGUGACAGAACCUAAGAUUUAUGGAGUUCUCUUGAAGCAUUUAAGUGUUCAUUUUAGCUGUGUUCUUGGAGAGGUUACACCUCAGGAAGUUAGUAGAAACUGAUUGCAAAAGAGAUCUGAAAAACAGCUGCACAUUUUAACGCUCCAAAUUCUCCUUAUCUUUCUGCCCAAGCAUCUAAAGAUAACGCACUUCAUAGCUGUUAUCUUGACAAGACAGAGUAAGUUGCAGUCUACCUCAGGACUAGGAUUUUCUUCAUUUCCAACAAAAUAAAUUUGUUGGUGACAAGAUUUAGCAUUCUUUUGGU